CUCUCAACAAAAACAAAUCAAAGUCUGUAGCUCCAGUCAUUCCUGUCGCCCUCAAUUGCGACUUUCUCACCACUUCAUCUCUCUCUCUCUAAAACACACCCCUCUUUCUCUCUCUAUAUCUAUAUAUAAAUUAGGGUUUUUGGCCCUUUACUUGUUUCUUUCAGAUGAGUGCCUCGUCUGGUCCUGUUGCUUACAAUAAUAAAGACUCUGAAGAAGAAUUAUCCUCUGGUGGUACAACUGCCACUGUUGCAGCUACUACUUCUUCUGUUAUUGAGCCUUCUGACGGUGCUAUCGGUGUUUCUGAUUCCGGUGCCGUUGGCGGAGAAGAUAGUGAUAUCGAUAAAGGAGGCGGGACUCCCAUGGAGGAGGACUCUGUGAAUCCCGCAACCGUGUUUUGUAUUAGACUUAAGCAGCCAAGAUCAAAUUUGCAGUACAAAAUGAGUGUCCCUGAGCUUUGUCGCAAUUUUAGUGCUGUUGCUUGGUGUGGAAAGCUAAAUGCUAUAGCAUGUGCAUCCGAGACUUGUGCACGUAUACCAAGUUCUAAUGCAAACCCACCAUUUUGGAUUCCAAUACAUAUUGUGAUCCCUGAACGACCGACCGAGUCAACCGUAUUCAAUGUCAUAGCAGAUUCUCCACGUGAUUCAGUUCAGUUUAUUGAAUGGUCGCCUUCGUCUUGUCCUCGUGCUUUGCUAAUUGCUAAUUUUCAUGGGCGGAUAACCAUCUGGACUCAGCCUUCCCAAGGGUCGGUUAGUUUGGUUAAAGAUGCUAGUUGUUGGCAGCGAGAACAUGAGUGGCGGCAGGAUAUUGCAGUUGUUACAAAGUGGCUGUCUGGGGUGUCUCCUUAUAGGUGGCUUUCCUCAAGAUCUAGUAGUUCUACGAAGUCAACAUUUGAGGAAAAGUUUCUCUCACAACGACCUCAAGCUCCAGGUGCUGGAUGGCCAAACUUUCUCUGUGUAUGCUCUGUCUUCUCAUCUGGGUCUGUUCAGCUCCAUUGGUCUCAGUGGCCAUCUAAUCAGAGUGGCACAUCUAAAUGGUUUUGCACAAGCAAAGGCCUUUUAGGUGCUGGGCCUAGUGGGAUUAUGGCAGCUGAUGCAAUUGUGACAGACUCUGGAGCCUUGCAUGUGGCAGGAGUUCCUAUUGUGAACCCAUCUACUGUUGUUGUCUGGGAGGUCACCCCUGGUCCUGGCAAUGGAUUUCAAGCUACUCCAAAGGCUACUACUAGCAAUGGGAUCCCUCCUUCACUUAAUCCACCUUCAUGGGAUGGUUUUGCCUCCUUGGCUUCGUAUUUGUUUAGCUGGCAGGAAUACCUAUUUUUAGAAGCUAAGCAAGGGAAGAAGCAGACAGAGCAAGAUUAUAGUGACAUGGUUGCACUUCAUUGUUCUCCUGUUUCAAAUUUUUCUGCAUAUGUGAGUCCAGAGGCUUCAGCUCAAUCAGCAGCAACAACUACAUGGGGUUCUGGAGUCACAGCAGUUGCCUUUGACCCUACCUGUGGUGGGUCUGUGAUUGCUAUUGUGAUUGUUGAAGGGCAAUACAUGUCUCCCUACGACCCAGACGAGGGUCCUUCAAUUACUGGAUGGAGAGUUCAACGUUGGGAAUCUUCUCUAGAGCCUGUUGUCCUUCAUCCGAUAUUUGGGAAUCCCACAACCAGUUUUGGUGGGCAGCCCCCGAUGCAGACGGUGUGGAUCACAAAAGUGAAUAAAAGCAUUCCGGCUACAGAUUAUUUUAAAAAUAACCAAGCAGCUGCCACAGCAUUGACCCCCGAGGGUCUAAACACAUCUGACUCUGACAGUGAGAAGGCAAAGAGGGUUGUUUUUGAUCCAUUUGAUUUGCCAAGUGAUGUUAGAACUCUUGCUCGCAUAGUCUAUUCUGCUCAUGGUGGUGAGGUUGCUGUUGCUUUUCUACGAGGUGGGGUGCACAUUUUUUCUGGUUCAAGCUUCACACCUGUUGAUAACUAUCAGAUCAAUGUUGUUUCUGCAAUUGCUUCUCCUGCAUUUUCUUCUACUAGUUGCUGUUCUGCUACUGUUUGGCAUGAUGCAGUCAGGGAUUGCACUAUGUUGAAGAUAAUCCGUGUUCUUCCCCCUGCUGUUCCAAGCAGUCAAGUGAAGGCAAACUCCUCAACAUGGGAACGUGCAAUUGCAGAAAGAUUUUGGUGGAGUCUUAUGGUUGGAGUUGAUUGGUGGGAUGCUGUUGGCUGUACACAGAGUGCUGCUGAGGAUGGCAUCGUUUCAUUAAACAAUGUGAUUGCGGUUCUUGAUGCUGAUUUUCAUUCUCUUCCUUCCACUCAGCACCGACAGCAAUAUGGUCCUGGAUUAGACAGGAUAAAAUGCAGACUCUUAGAAGGUACAAAUGCUCAGGAAGUGAGAGCAAUGGUGCUCGAUAUGCAAGCAAGAUUACUACUGGAUAUGCUAGGAAAAGGAAUAGAGUCGGCUCUGAUUAAUCCUUCAGCUCUAGUAGGUGAGCCAUGGCAGGCAUCUGGUGAGACAUUAAACAGCAUUGACCAUGAAGCUAUGGCUGUUGAUCCAGCACUUGUACUAAACGUCCAGGCAUAUGUUGAUGCUGUUCUCGAUCUAGCUUCACACUUCAUUACACGCUUGCGUCGUUAUGCUAGUUUCUGUCGUACAUUGGCAAGUCAUGCCGUAACUGCAGGUACAGGCGGCAACCGUAACAUGGUGAUCAGUCCCACCCCAAGUACUGGCAAUACUGGAGCUACACAGGGUGCUCAAAAUGGUACUGCAAGUUCAACUGCAAGCACUCCAAUUCAAGCCUGGGUACAAGGAGCUAUUGCCAAGAUCAGUAGCACCUCUGAUGGAGUUUCUAAUGCGACUCCCAAUCCCAUUAGUGGCCCGUCUUCGUUUAUGCCUAUAAGUAUAAAUACUGGAACUUUCCCUGGAACUCCAGCUGUCAGACUUAUUGGGGACUGUCAUUUUCUUCAUAGAUUGUGUCAGCUUUUGCUGUUUUGUUUUUUCUUCCGGCGGAUUCAACUACCCCGAUUCAUAGGUGCUGCUCAAAGGAACACAGAUUCAGCUGUGCAUAAACCUCAGCCUGGUGCUACCGGCAAGGUUGAAGAAAUCAGCUCCGUUCCUACAAAAGUGGCAUCAUCUUUGGGUAGAUCAGAAGAGUUACCCAUUUCUCGAGCUGGGCAGAUUGGCUCUGGAGCAAAAGGCCCUGAAGAAGGUCCAGCAAAUAGGUCAAGAUGUGGUUCUGGCAAUGCUGGUCAAGGAUACACAUUUGACGAGGUAAAGGUCCUUUUUCUCAUACUAAUGGAUCUUUGUAAACGAACACAAGGUCUGGCACACCCAUUGCCUGUUUCUCAGGUAGGGAGCAGCAACAUCCAGGUCCGUCUCCAUUAUAUAGAUGGAAACUAUACCGUUUUGCCAGAGGUUGUUGAAGCAUCACUUGGACCACAUAUGCAGAAUAUGCCCCGGCCUAGGGGUGCAGAUGCUGCCGGUUUGUUACUUAGAGAGUUAGAACUCCAUCCUCCUGCUGAAGAAUGGCAUAGACGGAAUACAUUUGGUGGACCCUGGUCUGAUCCGGAUGAUCUGGGUGUCGAUGAUUCUUCAAGGCUGAGCACUUCCACGGAUUUGCUUAACUUCAGCAUGGUUGAAAGUAGUGAUGUUCACCAUGAAGCCCAACGCUUGUGGCCAAGAAAGCGCAGAAUGUCAGAGAGAGAUGCAGCUUUUGGGCUGAACACUUCGGUUGGUUUGGGAGCAUAUCUUGGGAUAAUGGGUUCUCGGCGUGACGUGGUGACUGCUGUAUGGAAAACUGGUCUUGAAGGAGUUUGGUACAAGUGUAUAAGAUGUUUGCGGCAAACUUCAGCUUUUAGCUCACAAGGUGGCAACAACACAUCUACACAGAGUGAGCGGGAGACCUGGUGGAUCAGCCGCUGGGUUCAUGGCUGUCCUAUGUGUGGAGGGACAUGGGUUCGUGUUGUAUAGAAGACUGCUUCAGUUACACUCUAGGUUAGCACCUUGCUUCCAGUUUUAUGUGUACUUCCUAAAAUCGCUAUUGCACACUACACUAGGAAUGUUCCUUUUCUUGUAAAUAACGUUUUAUUUGUGUCGAUAGAAAUGUGGUUCCAUACUGAAGUAAAUGCAAGAUGACUCGGAUUCUGUUGUAUCGAAAUGGACCAAGUACCUGUCAAAUAGUAAAAAUUGCCAUUUUGAUAAGACGAAGGGAGCAUGUAUGCACAUCUUGUUAUUUGAAUGCUAUUUGCAGGUGCUGUUUAGUGUGUAAUGAAUAUGAACAUUGAAAUGUAAAUGUGUAACACUUUGCAAAAUUUGAAGCUGAAUUUCCAAUUUAGAAGUAAUUACAAAA